AGCAUCAGAAUCAGAAAGAGGGGAGAAAGGGAGGCGACCGCACAAAUACAAUGAUCUCAGAAACUGGGAACGACAAUCUGAAGGAAGACUAUCUCCAAUCGGAAGCGAGCUAUUACCCAGACUCCCCCGUCUCCUCUUCUCCCGAAGCCGGGCAGCUGAGCAGGAGGCGGGACACCCUGACCGGCAGCGGCAGCAUCAUCCCGGAGGAGAGCGGCUCCAUCCAGCGUCUGGUCUCCUCAGCCGCCUCCAGCAUCAUGACAUCGGGGGAGUUCAUGCAGACCGCUCCCCUGCUGGCGCACAAAUCCAAAAGGAGCCUGCUGUACAAGGCGCUGUGCUUCCUCCUGCUCGUCUUCCAGGGCGGCAUCCUGGACUUCUACCUCAUCAUCUUCACCGACCUGUACUGGUGCUCAUGGAUCGCCACGGAUCUGGUGGUGAUCUCGGGCUGGGGGAUUUUCUUCAUGAAGAACGCGCGGAGCAAGAGGGAGCGGGCCUGCGGCUUCCACCAGAAGAGCUCCAUCUUCGGCUGUAACCUCGGGGAGUUCACCUACGCCUACCUGGCCUGGCUCAUUUAUGUCAUCGCCUGCACUCCCAAGGUGGUGCUCAUCCUGGAGACGUCUAUCCUGGACCUGAUCGAGCUCAAAGUGCCGUGCGGAGUGACCGGCUUAAAGAUCAUCAUGCUGCUGUCCGUGCCGCUGCUCUUCUGCCUCAUCAACUCCAUCAUCGAGGAUCUGAACGGGGCGACACGGCACCGAUCCCAAAGCUGCUUCCUGAGCACUUGCCUGGACCUGCUGGACAGCUUCACGCUGGUGGAGAUGCUGCUGAGGAGCGAAAUCCCCACGCUGUACCUGAAGUACACCGUAAUCUCGGUGUAUUUCGUGGCUCUGGCCGUGCCGACGAUCUGGCUUUACGAGCUCACCGCGUCCGAGCUGCGCUUCCGGUGGCUGUGGGCCCGCUUCUGUGCGAGCCUGGUGGUCAACGCCCCCCUGCUGGUAGUCAGGUGUUUCCAGGUCUACGUCUACGGGAUGCCGGUGUCGGUGUUUAUGUUCAAAAACAUGUUCUUCUUAGUGUGUAGGUUCUUGGAGCUGGUGGAGCAGUGCGUGGCGGUUCGCGGGGUCCGGAAGCUGGCCGGAGGCGGAAACCCGGCCCAGUUCUCCCACUGCGUGUCCGAGAACGACAUGUGUCCGCACGGAUACGUCAACACCCUGGCUGUCACCCAGUCCUAGAGCCCGGCCUGGGGCCUGGAGCUGCCUGCGUUCAAGACAAAGCUGCAAAUAGGAAAAUCCACUUUCAAACUCCUUCUUCCAGAUAGACAAUAAGGAUAUCACAAUAAACCUAGCCUACUUGAAAGGCAGCCUAUUUAGAUUGAUCAUUACACGAAACAGGAAUAGGGUACUUUGAAAAAUGAUAAUAAAACAAAAGGAAAAAGUAGAACUAUUAAUCUAUAGGCUAUACUUAAAGAGUCACUUUAUCCCAGUUACAAAAAUAAUUAUUUUCUUAUAUAUAUCCAGGGGCCAACAUAGUGGUCGUGAAAAGAAAAUGUUAGUACCACUCACAAUAUAAAAAAUGGCAUUUGUCCUCGCACAAUUUUCGUUGUCAGUGUUCAUUACGAAUAAAUAGUCUAAUUUCUGAAAAGAGAUGUGGCUUUUUCGACAUAUUUCAUUAUAAUUUAUUUCAUAUUUUUCAACAGAUAUACUAUACUCAGCUUUUUGACAUAUGAAACCUCAAAAUGCACCCAUUCUUAUAUAUUCAGUAUAAAAUAACACCAUAUAUAUAGUAUGUUGGAAGGCUCCCAAGAUACCCUAAUGUGGCUUUUUCGUACACUAGCACUGAAAAAUAGUUAUUCAUGAUAUGACCCCUUUAAAUGCAAGGCCUAAUGAACCAUACAGCCAUGCAGAAAAAAUAUAACAUGGCUUGUAGCUGCAGCCCUAUAUAAUAUUUUACAUCAAAUGACCACAAAGUAAAGCAACCGAUAGGACCUAAGGCGUUCAGGGACUCUAAUAAUCCCACCCAAUAACCACAUUGUAGUUAUGAUGAAUACACAGAUUAAUAACAACAGGAAAAACUCUUUUUUCAAAGCAGUUGGAUUUUGUUGACAGGGUUUUUUGCCACACUGCAAUAUUGGAUAACUUCCUCUUUGACUGAUCUUUUUUGAAAUUUCUACUUGGAACAUUUCACAUGACAGGAGAAUGGAUUUUCCGAUUUUUGGACAUGUCUGGAACACAUCAUCUGUACCAGCCUUACAAUGCUCUCCUUCCAUAAUCUACAGGUGCUACAGUCAAACCAAACACCUGCAACAGCCUACAAGCAGAAGAGCAACUGUAGUGAAUUGGACCUCGUUGAGUUGUGUGUUUUCUGUCUGUGAGUUUCACCGCUGCACUUGAAUGGAGACGGCAGAUGGACUUGGUGUCGUGUUGGGACGUAAAGUGCAAUUUUUAGAAUCUUCUGGAUUGAUUGACCAGGACUCUGCUCCCUCCUUGUACACCAGUGUUUUCUAUUGGUAGAAGUAUUACUGAGAGUAGACACAUAUGUUAGAUCCGACAGUGCCAUGACAAACAGGUUUUCUACAGCUUUUUCAAAUCGACCCCUGGCCAGCAGGACCUUCUGUUGGCCUCACUGGCUGUGCUACUGUUUUAAAAUUGUUUUCAUUUCUGGGAUCAGAAGUCCUCAAAGAUCACUGUAUUCAACAGCCCUCAUUUAAAGAGCCUCAGUUCUCUGGGUCACCUCAGCUCUUCAUUUCUUUUUAAACACACCUGUGAGUCAUGUCUGGAACUAUAGAUAUUAGUAUUCCUGUUUUAGAACUAUAUGGAAUCCCAUUUCUCCCAAAAUAUGUUACAAGUAAUAGGAAAUUGGUGGUGAUGAAAUAUUGUGCUUAUGUCUGUCGAGAUGAUCAUUAUUGUAACUUUUCUCGAAUCCCUGUUUUUUUCAUGUCCAGUUCCAGUACCUCCAGACUAGACGAAGAAAAGUACUCCUUUGUAAUUGUCAUGUACAUUGUUGGUGAAUGUUUUAUAAUUUACACAAUGUCUGCCAGUGAACCAGCCACCUGCUCGAUUGUGUGCGUUGAAAUGAACGCAGUAGGAAGUCAUUUGGUGUUUUUAGGGGGGUUCAGUGUCAAGAGUUUGAGAUUUCCAGUCAUAAAUGGUAGAACUUAAUCAGUCCAAAUCUUAAGUCUUUUUUUUUUUUACGAUCUUUUGUUGUCAAAGGUGCCAACACUGCUAAUAGUGCAACCAUAUAUUCAAUGUUUAUUUAGGUAAACUUAAGAAGAAGAUACGUUAGAGUUGACACAUGCUUGUGUGCAGUGGGCGACUGCAUGCACUGAGACAAAACAUCUAGACUGUUCCAAAUCUGAUUAUGGAAGUCUGACUGGUGAUCCAUUGAACAUGUUUUUUUUGUUGCUUGUUUUUUUUCAGACUUUACCUUAACAUUAUGGCAUAGAUACAAUCUAUAUAUAACAAUCAAUAUAGGAACUUUUGGUUUAGAGAGCUUGAAGAAAUUCAUACCCACUUGGAGGAAAACAUGAAUUCCAUAAAUCCUAUAGUGGUGCCUCUCGUGGCCCAAAUGACUAUUACAACAACACACUAAUCUAAAAUGUUACCGACAUUUUACAAACAAAAACGAUACAAAUGUAGAUAAGACCUUUAAAAUUGAUCACCAGAUUGUUUUGUUCUCACUUGUCUUGCGUCUUCCUUAAAUAAUCAAUUGAAUCGAGUAAAAAGCGACAACAUGCUGUAGCCAACCGGUUGUGUUUAUCCACCUUGAUGUGUCGACGUGUGAACGUUUAGCUCAUUAUGAGUUGAGACAAUCUGCUUCCAAGUGUUUGACGGGAACAGCACGCUUGAAGAAUGACUGUGGGUACACUAUGUGCUAGUGGCAGUGGUAAUGUACAUAACAAACAUGGCAGAUUAAAGUAUAUUAUAUAAUCAAAAAUAUGUGAAGUGAAGACAGGUGCAAUAUGGGUCAGAGGAGUCGGAACAGAUUUUAGUGCCUAUUAUUUUGGAGCUCAUAGUUUGUGAGUCCCGGAAGUGAGGUAGCAUUUUUGCUCUUCAAGUUCCCUCAUCUUGAAGUCAAUGGGUUUUCUGAAUGGAUUUUUGGUUAUAUGCCUGAAAUAAGGCGUGUGAUUAACACAAGCUUCAAAGACUUUUGAGGCUUUUACAUUUUUUAAAAGAGGGUGUUGCUAGCUAGCGGUUAAAUGAGGCUAACGAGUUCAUCACCACUAAGAAACUGCAGUGCUUGGUGUAGUAUGAUUAUAGCUAGAUUGUUAUGCUUACAAAACAUACAGUGGUGUUCAUUUGAUAAGUUUAGUUUGAUCAAACUUUGAUGAACAAAACAUCUAAGUAUAUUUAACUCGUGUUUUCCACAUCAUGAAUCAAAGGAACCAGCGAAUGCUAACUUUUGGGUUGUUUUCAAAAUGUACAUCACCCCUGCAGCACAGUUUUGAGGGGUAUCACAGUGAGGGUAUACAGGGGUAUCACAGUGAGGGUAUGUGUGAUUUCCUUGCUUUAUUUGCCUCUCUGUGAGGGAUCAGUGUAUGCAGGUCAGAGGUUGUGCCUUGUGAGCAGUGCGGCUGCUGAGGGGUCAAGACUGAGGAGGAGGAAUGUCCAUCAUAAAGGAACUGACCAGAGUGUUGUCAAGUUGUAUCCCCUUCAGUACAAAUCACAAAUAGUUUCAGGUCUCUGCAGGGGAUUCUCAUGCCGUGUUGAGAUCAGCGGAUAUCUAGGGAAAAGCUAACUUAAAACAUGCUCAGAAAUGUCUAGAAUUGAUGAACAGUAGAAGUGUGAGACAACAACAACUUAUUUAUAGAUGUAACUAAUCUAACUUCACUAUUUUUCACACAAAAUCAGGCAAUUCUCCUUUAAAAGGUCCUGACAAACUAAAUUGCUCAUGAACAAUCCGAAAUCUUGUGGCAUUUGUUAUUUUAAACAAUAAUAAUGCUCAUAUUUUCGACCAAUGAAAUGGAGUGAUAUACAAAAUUGACAACCUAAUCUCAAUAUAGCUUUUCCCAGAGUUCAAAAUGAGCCUUCACUCUUAACAAAUAUAUAAUGCUAGAUGGAUAACGUUGGCUGCUGUUAUGAAUAUGAUACGAGGUUAUCCUGACUUACAGCUUCUAUUUGUUUGUCGCUUAUCAUAUAUUGCCAAAGUAUUUCAGAAAUGUUAUAUUUUAUACUAUUGUGUUAUUUCCUUGUGCCAGUAAUCUGCAAUGCCUUUGCAAAUACACUGUUGUUAGCGCUUUGUUACAAUCUUUUUUGGAUUUGCACAUGAAGCUCAUCACUCAGUUAUUAUUAUGGAGCUCUAAGCUGAAGUAUGUUUGACCUUUAACCUGCAUGGACGCGCACAGUGCAAAGCUACACUGGAACAACCAAAGGCUUUAAUAGACGGAUAUUCAAAAGAAGCCAAUCAUGCUACUCAGAUUUCUAUGUCAUUCUUUAGCCUAGGUGCAAUGAAAAACACUCUCUUGUCUUACAUUAUAUGGGCUUUCUUUUUGAUCCUAAUUUGUUUACAGGGAAAUAUCAUUGCUGUUGUUUACAGAUAGGAUUCUACCUGUACUGUAAAGUUGUGUAGUGUAUAUCUGUACUGAUAUAAUAUAUGUACCGUAGAUGUAAAACAGAGUAUUAUGUGGUCGAAACCUGAAAUAAAUCGGAGGAAAGUGUACAAAGUGA